AUGACCGACAAGCUCCCCCCUAACUUGUUGGCGCUCUUUGCCGCGCGACCUCCGCUACGAUGGGUAGAACCGUCUGACCAUGCGCCUGAGAAGCGCAGGACAGCUCCCAUUGGUGGCCUUGCUGCUUUUCUCCCCGAGCUGCAGAAAUACAAGGAGACGGAUGCCUACCAGCCCACCGAGAGCUGGCUGGAGAUGCGCGAUCGGAAAAAGCAAGAGAAGACGGAGGCUGCUUCGAAUUUGGUGACUGAAGGGCCAAAACAAUUCAAACCCAACGAGGAUCCCAAUAUUCGUGGCGAUGCUUUCAAGACGCUCAUUGUUGCCCGUCUCAGCUACGAGGCUGACGAGCGUGAUCUGGAAAGGGAGUUUGGGCGUUUUGGUCCCAUUGAACGUAUUCGCAUCAUUGUUGAUACCCAUGCCCACGAGAAGCCUAAUAAGAAGAAGAAGCCACACAGGGGUUACGCAUUUGUCGUCUUCGAGCGCGAGAAAGAUAUGAGAGCUGCCCUGGAUGCUUGCGAUGGUAUUCGCAUUAAAGACAGGCGCAUCAAGGUGGAUGUUGAACGCGGCAGGACUGCCAAAAACUGGCUGCCUCGCAGGUUAGGUGGAGGCUUAGGUGGCCGAGGCUAUACUAGAGCAAUGCCCUCUCGUCCUGGUGGCCCUGGAGGCUUUGGAGGAGGAGGAGGUGGCGGCGGCGGCGGCGGCUUCCGCGGCGGCUUCAAGGGAGGAUUUGAAGGUGGCCGAGGAGGAGGCCGAGGCGGUUUCCGUGGAGGUUUCGGUGGUGGCCGUGGAGGCUUCCGAGGUGGCGGUGACUUUGGCCCCCGAGGAGGCGACCGAAACGGCUUUGGAGCACCCAACGGAGCCCCAUCAGGACCUGGAUUCGACCGACGAAAUGGAGGCGACCGGGGCUUCUCCGGUGGUGGGUAUGAGUCUCGUGGUGGACGCUCAUAUGAUGACAGAUCCGGCGGCCACCGAGAUGGCGGCGGUCGAUAUGGCGAUCGUGAUCGUGGCGACCGUGGCGACCGUGGCGAUCGCGACCGUGACCGAGACCGUGGUGACCGAGGUGAUCGAGACCGCGAUGGACGUCGGACUGGCAGUAACAUGGAACCCAUUGGCCGCAGAGAAGGUGGGUAUCGUGACAGGGACAGGGACUAUGACCGCCCUCGCGAUGAUGACAGCCGGAAACGAGGAUACGAAGGCGGUGGCUACGAAGAUCCCCGCAAAUUGCGUCGUUACUAAGGCUGAAGCCCGUGCAAGUCGACUCAACUUUCGACACUUGGUGGGUAAACUAAUUGUUUGACGAGUUUCCUUCGCAUCCUUUCUUUCACCUCGCAAGGGUAAGAAGCCUGCCGUCUUCCACCAGCACAGUCUCAGACUCAAGGAUCGCCUCCCUCUAUCCACCUUUAUCAUCGUACACCGUCUUCCUAAGCUAGUAGCCCAUGAACCUCGGACCUAUGGGUAAUAGUUCCCUUUGUCUUGUUUCUGUGGCUGGAGACCAUCACUAUCAAUAACUGAGCAUCAAUCAGCUGUCAAUACUGGACAGCAAUCACUUAAUAAUAGGGACGAAGACGAGGAGUGCUCUUCUCGCAAUGUAUUAUAGCACAUUUGGCAGGAGAAACAGCUUGAAAUUUGGGAGCUUCAGGUAAAGUCAUAGGUAAGCUCUUGUGACCGAUGGAUUGCAAAUAUGGAGGCGGUUUCUUUCUUU